GGAUGCACCACCAAUGCAAAACAGCUUCCCAGCAACCAGGAUUCCUGUGUGAGGACAGCACCGCUUGCUUGCUGCCCUCUCAGCUUUGUGAUGGCAAAAUGGACUGCCCUGACGGAGGGGAUGAGGCUGCGGCCUACUGCGGUCAAAUGCCCAACAGUCUCCCACAAAACCUGAUUUUCAAGUGUCCCAACCAGAAGACAUGGACAUAUGUUGACAGGGUGUGUGACACAAGGAACGACUGCGGUGAUUGCUCGGAUGAGUCAGUUCCCCAGUGCCCAGAGUGCUUGGGCUGGAGAUGUGAUACUGUUUUCUUCGCUGACUGCGCCUGCAUUCCCAGAAGUCGCUGCAGAAACGGCGUCCAGGACUGUGCUGAUUGGAGUGAUGAAAACCUGUGUGACUAGGCAUAUA